AUGUAUGUGCCGUGCGAGGGCAGUAUAAGCACCCGCUGCACGCCGAAUGGGGAUGGUCGACAUCCACCACCUCCACACAAUGGCCACACUCACGGAUGCCGGCCGACACACAUCUUAACGGUAGAGGGACUUUCGGAAACAUCCCCUACCAAACCACGGAGGAUGCCAUCGGUAACUACUUCAGCCAAGCCGGAAAUAAUCGUCUAUGACCGUGAAACCGGACGACCAAAGGGAUUUGGCUUCUGUGAGUUCUCCGAUGAAGCUGGAGCACAAAAUGCUGUGAAUACCCUCAAUGGUGCUGAUUUCAAUGGCCGAUCUCUCAGAGUUAACUGGGCUAACAAAAACUAA